CGUUCCACGAACUUCCAAUUAUGGUUGGUUAUCAAAAACGGGGAAGAGGUGCCGAUGAAGAAAGUCGGAGACAAGUUGAUCCCUAAGACCGAAGACGAGUUUGAUGCCGAGGACAUCAAAAAGGUCGAGAAUUAUGCAAAAGCAAUAAACAUGCUUUAUUGUGCCGUAAAUCCUGAUGACUACCGCAAGAUCUCUUGCUGCUCAACCGCCAAAGAGAUGUGGGAUAAACUUGAGGUGACGUAUGAAGGAACGGACCAAGUACGUGAAGCGAAGAUUGACUUCCUCACCCAAGAAUAUGAGAUGUUCAAGAUGAAGGAGCACAAGAAGAUCGAUGAUAUGUUCGACCGUUUUUCCAAGAUAGUCAACGAUCUCCAUACAUUAAAGAAGACAUACACCGACAGGGAUCUUGUGCGAAAGAUCCUACGGAGCUUGACAUCCGAAUGGCGAUCCAAGGCCGAUGCCAUCUAUGAAUCAAUCGGCACAUCAAAUGUCACUAUCGACGGUCUAAGAGGUAAUCUAAAAACCUAUGAAUCUACUAUUCUUAACCCGUCUUUGAAUGACCAAAGGAAAGGGAUAGCAUUAAAAGUCGUCAAAGAACCAACGAUGGAUGAUUCAAGUGACGAUGAUGAAGUCAAGCUUGUCAUGAAGAAGUUUUGUAAACAUCUAAGGAAGAAAGAAAAGGUUGAGGAUGGCCCUAUGUGCUAUGGAUGUGGUGAAGCCGGGCACAUCAAGAACAAAUGCCCGAAAAGCGGAAGGAAUGCUCAGCACUUCAAAAGGCAAAGGGCAUAUAUCUCUUGGGGUGGCGACUCCGGCGACGAGUCAACUGACCAAGACGAGGAUGAAACUGCCAACCUUUGUCUCAUGGCACACGAAGACCAAACCAACAAUCAACAAGAGGUAUGUGCCAUUUCUUCCGACUCUUACACUUUUAAAGAAAUGCAAGAAGCUCUUCGAGAGCUUUAUGAUGAAUUUGUUAGCGCUUCUAAAACCAACAAAUCAUUAAAGAAACGUCUUUCAACUCUUGAAAAUGAUUUUGAAAAACUGGAAAAAGAUAAUGAAAAGCUGAAACAAGAAAAUAAAUUUUAUGGGACGGUUCCAAGUGAAGAAUUCUGGAAAUCAAGGGGAACCAGCGAUGGGUAGGACAUCCCAUCGCUGGGAGGGAAGUUUCUUUUUUUCCAGAACCCCUCUUCCCAUCGAUGGGUGCUUCUUCCCAUCGAUGGGUAAUUGACUCUAAUUUUUUUAAAAAUACUUAACGGAUUUCCAGAACACCAUAACCCAUCAAUGGGUACUUUGUCCCAUCGCUGGGUGAAGGACUUUUAUCAAAAUUUUUUUUUCAGAACCUCCCAACCCAUCGAUGGGAACUUUCUCCCAUCGCUGGGUGUUUGACUUAAAUUUUUUAACAGAUUUCCGGAACGCCUUUACCCAUCGAUGGGUAGUUUAUCCCAUCGCUGGGUGAGUUCCUGUUUUU